UCGCAGUACAACCAACAAAAAAUUAACAAAACUCAAAAUGUUCAAAUUCGUUGCUAUCGUUGCUCUUUUGAUUGCCUCCGCCAGUGCUGGUCUUAUUGAGACCCACCAUGUGGUGCAUGAGCCUGUGCUGGCCAAGGUAGGCACUGUGGUGCACAGCGCUCCCUCUGCUGUCUCCCACCAGAGCAUCACUCAGGUCCACAGCAAGCCUGUCGUUCACCAAGUAGUCGCUCCAGUCCUGAAGACCACAUACCAUUCUGCACCUGCUGUUGUCCACCAUGCUCCAGUUGUUCACCACGCUCCAGUUGUUCACCACGCUCCUCUUGUCCACACUGUCCAUGCUGCUCCAGUGGUGCCAGUGGUGCACUCCGCUCCCUUGAUCAAGUCUGUCGUGCACACAGCUCCUUUGGCCUACACUCUGCAUCAUUAAAUUACCUCCAAUUUAUUGAAAUUGUUAUGUUAUACACGAAAAAAAAAUAUAAAUAAAAAAUAAAAGUAUUAUUGAAACAUA